CACGUGAAGAAAAUGCGCAUGCGUUCUUUCCUCAAUCAUUUCAACAUGGACUCUGGUAGUGUCGUUGUAGCAGAAGCUUUGUUGGAAGAUCAUUUGGCUGACAUUUGGCCAGAUUUUCCCUGUCUUUAUGACGUGCGAUGUCCCGAGUUUAAAAAUCGGGAUUUACGCGAAAAUGCGUUCGAAGAAAUCGCUGAAAAACUCGGAAAAACAGUUGAUUGGGUAAAGUCAAAAAUUCGAUCACUGCGAAAUAGUUUCGUAAAGGCGAAAAAACCUCCACCCAGUGGCAGUGCUAGAAAAAAUCCAUCUCGUCGAACCACUUGGAUAUUAGAGAAGUUACAAUUUCUAGCACCUCAUGUUGCAACACGGACUUCAAUUUCGAAUAUUGACUCUGUAAGUUUCGUUCAAAGUUCUUACUCAAUUUAUUUAUAUGACAUAAAGUGAUGAAAUUAUUUAAUAUAUUAGUAUAUUAGUAUAUAAUACAGUAUAUUUAAUUAUAAGCAAACUAUAAAAUUAUUUUCUACACAAUC